AAGGUUGUUAGAGCUCCGAAACAUAUAUGCAAAUAGAAUUCAAGGCGGAAACAAUGCUGAGGACCAACCCACUCACUCACUCCUGACCACUCUCUCUCUGCUGCUCUCUCUCUUCCUGGAUUUGAAGUCCGUAUCUUUUAAUUUCUAAAGAUGAGCUACCCAGGAUACCCUCCUCAGUCUGGCGGCUACCCACCCCAGGCAGGCGGCUACCCACCCCAGGCAGGCGGCUACCCACCCCAGGCAGGCGGCUACCCACCCCAGGCAGGCGGCUACCCACCCCAAGCAGGCGGCUACCCACCAGCAGCAGGCGGUUACCCACCAGCAGCAGGCGGCUACCCUCCUGCAGCAGGUGGCUACCCCCCACAGGCAGGCGGAUUCCCACCCCAGGCUGGCGGCUAUCCUCCUGCAGCGGGCGGCUACCCUCCAGCAGCAGGGGGCUACCCUCCAGCAGCAGGGGGCUACCCUCCUCAGGCUGGUGGCUACCCUCCCCCAGCAGGAGGCUAUCCCUCCAUGCCACCAGCAGGUGGAGGCUGGGGUGCAGCACCAGGCGGCUACGGAGCGCCAGGAGGGGCUCAGCAGGGAUACCCAGGGGGCCCCACCCCAGGCCAGCCCAUGCCAAGUUACCCUGGAGCCCCUGCGACUAACCCCUCGAUGCCUGGGUAUGGAGGUGGAGUUCUGUCCAACCCUCAGGCACCUGCCAUUUCUAAAGGUUUCAGGGGCACUAUUAAAGACUUUCCAGGGGCUGAUCCACUGAGGGAUGUUGAAGUUCUUCGAAAAGCUAUGAAGGGUUUUGGUACCGAUGAAAAAGCCAUUAUUGAACUUCUGGGAAAUCGUAGCAACAAGCAGAGGGUUCCAAUGGUAGCAGCCUAUAAAACAACUUAUGGGAAGGAUUUGAACCAUGAUCUGAAGUCUGAGCUCACAGGAAACUUUGAGAAACUGGUUCUUGCCAUGAUGAAGAGCCCUGCACACUUUGAUGCAUGUGAACUCAGAGAGGCUAUAAAGGGCGCAGGAACUGAUGAAGCUUGUCUUAUUGAGAUUCUUUCAUCACGCUCCAAUGCAGAAAUUAAUGAAAUCACCAGAAUCUACAAAGCUGAGUACGGGAAGAGCCUGGAGGACUCCAUCAGCAGCGACACCUCCGGUCACUUCCGCAGACUCCUGGUCUCCCUCUGUCAGGGAAACCGUGACGAAAGAGAGACUGUUGAUAUCGCCCUGGCCAAACAGGAUGCUCAGAAACUGUAUGCUGCUGGGGAAAAUAAAGUAGGAACUGAUGAGUCUCAGUUCAAUGCCAUCCUGUGUGCUCGGAGCAAGCCUCACCUUCGAGCAGUCUUCCACGAGUACCAGCAGAUGAGUGGGAGAGACAUUGAGAAGAGUAUCUGCAGGGAAAUGUCUGGCAAUCUGGAGUCUGGCAUGGUGGCUGUGGUGAAAUGCAUCAAGAACACCCCUGCCUACUUUGCAGAGAGGCUCAACAAGGCCAUGAAGGGAGCAGGGACCAAGGACACAACCCUCAUCCGCAUCAUGGUGUCCCGCUCUGAGGUGGAUAUGUUGGACAUCAGACAGGAUUAUGUGAGGGCGUACGGAAAGUCACUGUACACUGACAUCUCAGGUGAUACCUCAGGUGAUUACCAGAAGCUGCUGUUGAAGCUGUGUGGAGGUAACGACUAAAAGGAAAAGAAGACGACCCUUCAUAAGGACAACAUGUCCACACUGAAACAAUGUUAUAGGACCUUAUAUCACGACUGAUGCAUGCAGUUAAAGUUAGUUGUCCUAUGACAAGCCAAUCAUUAUUACUUUUGUAUUCUUUUCAGUGACAUGAUUAGUUUUGCUACUGUUGCAGUAUAUGAUUGCCAAAUAGUAAAUAUAUAUUGAGUAUUUUUUAAAGAUGCAGUGGAUAGCUUAGUCAUUAUUGGGUAAACAGUGAGGUAAAAAGUAUGUGCCUGAAAAUUUAUACCACACUAUAUAACUAUAUUAUAGAAUAGUAUUUAAAAUGUCCAACAAACUGCAAAACUUCAAGUCUGCUUCAGUUUGUAAUCAUCUUAAAGAAAACGGUCACAAUUAAAAUUCGGGUAAUUUUUGAAUGAAAGAAAUGAAGAUCUGCAAAAAUCUCCUAUCUUUAAAGUGUCCAUGUUAGCUAACUAUGUUAGCUUUUACUUUUCACUAUCUUUAUAUCAGCAUUACUCUGUUUUUUUUUUUGUUGUUGUUCUUAAAACAUACAACUUUCCAAUCAUUGUUCUGAACAAUGAUUGGAAAGGUUAAUGAUGAACAAUCAGGCAACAUUGUCUGUAAAUGAUUUUCAUCAGCCUUUUUUCCUGUAUGCUGAGAAGCCAAAGCCUAAAGACAGAUUUUUGUGCCUUUUCUCAGGGCUGCUGUGUAAACUGUUCAGAGUGAGUCGAUGUUCCACUGUGGUUUAUGUUACCAUCAAUCAAUAAUCUUAUGACAGCAGAAAUGUAAUCCUUCAAUAUUUUAUAACAUUUCUUUCAAUAUCCUUUACUGGUUUAUAUGUUUUACUGCCAGUAGGGGGCUCUUCGUUCACAUCAAGUGUCAUUUCUGAUGUCAGUGUGAUCGUUUCACCUGCUGACUUAGUCUUGAUUUGAAUAUCUAUUGCAUUAACUCUACUUUGCAACCAUACUUAUGUUGAACUUCAAUGCAUGUCUUUUUAACUCUCUAACAUUUUGCCAUUUGAUAGUCACGGUCUCCUGAGAUUCGAGACUUGAACAGCCACUUAUAUCAAUAAAAAAAAAAAACUCAA